UUCCACUAAUUAAGAGAAUAAAUACUUUUCAAAAGUAUGGUUUGAGAUCUCUGUAGAUAUCAAUAACAUACAAAAUGCCUCUCAGUGUCUACUCCCAGGAGAAGCCUCCUCUUAUUAGUUUCAUCAAGAUAGAAUGAACUGAAAAAACUGCAGCAAGAUGAAGUUUAUGAAGCUCGGAACUCGCCCCGAUACCUUCAUCACCACAGAAGCUACAAGAUCAGUUUCUUCAGAAGUUUCAACUGAUCUCAAAAUCAAGGUCCAAAAUAGAUUAUAUCUACUCCACAAGUUCCCUCUGCUGUCCAAAUGCUUGCACCUGCAAACACUCUGCGCCGCAGAAUCGACCGCAGGGGCCGCCGAUCACGCCAUCAUCGAGCUGCCGGCCUUCCCGGGGGGCGCAGACGCCUUCGAGAUCUGCGCGAAGUUCUGCUACGAAAUUACCGUCACUCUCAGCGCCGCCAACGUCGUGCCCGUCCGCUGCGCUGCGGAGUACCUGCAGAUGACCGAGGCGGCCGACUGCGGCAACCUCAUCGCCAAAAUUGAGGUGUUCUUCAAGUCAUGUAUCCUGCCGAGAUGGAAGGACACUCUUGUGGCACUGCAGUGCACUAGGCAAUAUGCCGCUUCGUGCGAGGAGCUCCGGAUCACCGGGCGGUGCGUGGAUUCGAUUGCUAUGAUGAUCGCGGACGAGACUAGCUCAUCGGAAGGGCGGUGGGCCGAGGACAUAUGCGUACUCGGUAUCGAUCAUUACUGGAGAAUCAUGGUAGCGGUAAAAUCCGCGGGAACUGUCUCAAACAAGAUCAUUGGGGACGCAUUGUAUCUCUACACCCGGAAAUGGCUACCGAUUAUGCAGAUCCCCGAGAAUUCGGAUUCGGAGUCGGAGUCUCUCAAGGAGAUCACUUCGAAACACAGGUUGCUGCUGGAGAGAGUAGUGAGCUUGUUACCUGCGGAGAAAGGCGCGGUCUCGUGUUCUUUCUUACUCAACCUUCUUAAGGCCGUGAACAUACUCGAUGCAUCGGUAUCUUCAAAGAUGGAAUUGGCGCGGAGGGUCGGUGUUCAGCUGGAGGAGGCGACCGUCGCCGAUCUCUUGAUCCCUUCUCGAUCGAGCGCCAUCGAGACUCUUCACGACGUCGAUAUAGUGAUGAGUAUAUUGCAGGAAUUCAUGCUCCAAGAGCAGAGCCCGCCGACUAGUCCCAUGAGAGUGAAGCUCAAGUGCGAGAAAAGACGGCCGCGGUCGGUGGAGAAUGCAGAAUUCGAGAAUAGCCGGCGAUCGUCUUCGGCGACGCACGGAUCCAAGCUAAAGGUCACAAAGCUCAUCGACGGUUACCUCGCAGAGAUCGCGAAAGACGCGAAUUUGCCAAUAGAGAAGGUGACCGCUCUCGCUGAAGCCGUGCCGGAGUUCGCCAGGCCAUGCCACGACGAUCUCUACAGAGCAAUCGACAUCUACCUUCGGGCACACCCUGCUCUCGAUAAGAGCGCGAAGAAACGGUUAUGCCGCGUAUUGGAUUGCAGAAAACUGUCUGUCGAAACCUGCAUCCAUGCCGUCCAGAACGACAUUCUGCCGCUGAGGGUCGUAGUUCAAGUCCUCUACUUCUACGAAAGAGCUCGUGCCGCCAUGCCUGGCGACGGUGCAGCCGAGCUUACGCGCGGAAUAAGAGCUCUGCUCGCUAAGUCGAGUGCAGAAGAUGAGAAAGAAGAACAAGAGCAGGAGCAAGAGCAAGAAGAAGAUUCGGAGAUUCGACGGUUCAGAAAGGGGGCUCUACUGGAUGAUCAAUGGAGCAUCUCGGGCGCCAAGUACCACCCGAAGAUGAAGCUGUCGGCGCUGAUGAAGCUCGAUGAGCUCGACGACGACGUCGCGCCGCGAGAAGGCUUGUUCAGGAGCACUUCUUCAAGGAUCAAAGCCUUGUGUGCCAUUCCUUCGAAACCGAAUUGGUUCCUCAGUAAACUGAGGAAUGUGAAUAGAAGCAUCACAGAGAGGCACUGAAUCUGUUGUAUUUUGUUGCAGAAUAAGUAGAUAUGAGUGUAAUGUUUAGAUAUCUGAAGUUUCUUCUUGUGUUGGUUCAAAUUUUCUGGUUUUUCAAGGCUUCAAUUGCCUUUGCUUAUCACUCCUGCUGUAAAAUGGAACUCACAGGAGAAGCUUUUUGUCCCUUUUUUUUUUUUCUUUCUUUCUUUUUUUGGUGGUGGGAUGUGAAAGGCAAAGGAACAUCAUGUAGCAUAGAGUGUGAAUUAAAUGAAUGAUAAAUUGUUCAAGUAGGCUCUUAAGGCU